AUGGCAGCCAGGAUAAACAGACAAUCCAAAUUCUCGGAGAGGUCCAUAGUGAGGAAGCAUGUCCAAGAUCAAGCCAGGCACAUGAGUCAGCAAAUCAAGGUCUGGAUCAGGCCUGAAGACAGCAGCCAGGAUCAGGCGUUCUCCAGGCAAGUCCACAGAGGUUGCAAGAAUGUUCACUAUGACCUUGUCUUCAUCUUGGAUGCCUCAUCCAGCGUCGGAAAAGAAGAUUUUGAGAAAGUUCGGCAGUGGGUGUCUAAUUUGGUGGAAACUUUUGAGAUUGGCCCAGACAAAACCCUUGUAGGUGUGGUGAGAUACAGCGAUCGUCCAACCACAGAGUUCGACCUGGGAAAGUACAAAACCCGUGAAGAAAUCAAAGAGGCUGCACGAAAAAUUAAGUAUUAUGGAGGUAACACAAACACUGGAGAUGCUCUCAGGUAUAUCAACACCUACAGUUUUUCCAAAGAAGCUGGUGGGAGACUUAGUGAUCGAACUGUUAAAAAAGUGGCCAUCCUUUUGACUGAUGGAAGGAGCCAGGAUUAUGUCUUGGAUGCAGCCACUGCAGCCCAUCAGGCUGGGAUAAGGAUCUUUGCUGUGGGUGUGGGUGAAGCCUUAAAAGAGGAACUCGAUGAGAUUGCUUCAGAACCCAAGUCUGCUCACGUGUUUCAUGUCUCCGAUUACAAUGCCAUUGAUAAAAUUCGGGGGAAGCUGAGAAGACGUCUCUGUGAAA